AAGCUAAGGUAGUUAGAAGAAGAGUAGAGUGCAACAACCUCGAAGCUAGUUCAAACUAGUGGGAGGUUGUCUGCCAAAAAAGCAGCAAAAGAAAUUGAAUCUAUAGAAGAAAAGAAAGAAGAUGGCUCGUGGUAAGGUUCAAAUGAAGAGGAUAGAGAAUCCAGUUCAUCGACAAGUCACUUUCUGCAAACGUCGAGCAGGCCUUCUUAAGAAGGCCAAAGAGCUCUCCGUUUUGUGCGAUGCUGAAAUUGGUCUUUUCAUUUUCUCCGCUCACGGAAAGCUCUAUGAACUUGCUACUAAAGGAAGCAUGCAAGGGCUGAUUGAGAGGUACAUCAAGUCAACCAAGGGAGUUGAGGUGGCUGAGGAAGCCAAAGAUACACAACCUCUGGACCCAAAAGAGGAGAUCAACAUGCUGAAGAAUGAGAUUGACGUACUCCAGAAAGGCUUAAGCUACAUGUAUGGGGGAGGCGCAGGAACAAUGACACUAGAUGAACUUCAUUCACUUGAAAAGUACCUUGAAAUUUGGAUGUAUCAUAUUCGUUCAGCAAAGAUGGAUAUCAUGUUUCAAGAGAUCCAACUGUUGAAGAAUAAGGAAGGGAUACUGGAAGCUGCAAACAAAUAUUUACAGGAUAAGAUAGAUGAGCAAUACACUGUGACUAACAUGACCCAGAAUUUGACUGACUUUCAAUGCCCACUAACUGUACAAAAUGAGAUAUUUCAGUUUUAACAUAUGCUCACUAUGUAAGUUAUUCUUAUUGUGAAGCAUCUAUGUAAUUUGGUAAGGAGAUGUAAUAAUGAUGAUUGAGUAAUUUCACUUUGGAGAGAUGAACAUAUAAGUAUGUUAUUAUGUUCAAUUUAGGUAAUAUGUUUAGUGUGUGAGCCUUUUUAGUGUA